AUGAUGUCCUACAUAAAGCAACCUCAUUACACAAUGAACGGGUUAAAUAUGGCUGGACCUGGAAUGGAUCUACUGCAUACGACAGUGGCAUAUCCAUCCACCCCCAGGAAACAGCGUCGGGAGCGCACCACUUUCACUCGCACCCAGCUGGACAUCUUGGAGGCCCUAUUCUCCAAGACGCGCUACCCAGACAUCUUCAUGAGGGAGGAGGUUGCUCUGAAAAUCAACCUGCCCGAGUCACGUGUUCAGGUUUGGUUUAAGAACCGCCGGGCCAAGUGUCGCCAGCAGCAGCAGCAGAGCAGCGGCCAGUCCAAACCGCGGCCCCCCAAGAAGAAGGCCUCUCCCGCCCAGGACCCCGGCCCCGGCGAGGCCAUGGCCAACCCGGCGGGCAACUACAGCCCCUCCCCGCUGCCGACCGGCCCCACCCUGUCGUCCGUGUCCAGCGCGGGCGGGAACGCCGCCGUGUCCAUCUGGAGCCCGGCCAUCUCCCCCCUGCCCGACCCUCUGGCGUCGUCGGCGCCCUGCAUGCAGCGGCCCUCGCACUACCCCAUGAGCUACGGCCAGCCGUCCGCCUACGCCCAGGGCUACGCCGGCACCACCUCCUACUUCACCGGCCUGGACUGCAGCGCCUACCUCUCCCCCAUGCACUCGCAGAUGUCGGGCAACGGGGGCGCCCUGAGCCCCAUCACCGUGCCCUCCAUGGGGGGCUCGCUGAGCCAGUCCCCGGCCUCCCUGUCCUCCCAGGGCUACGGCACCGCCUCGUCCCUGGGCUUCACCUCCGUCGACUGCCUGGACUACAAGGACCAGCAGGCCUGGAAGCUGGGCUUCACCACCAUGGACUGCCUGGACCACAAAGACCAGAACUCCUGGAAGUUCCAGGUGCUCUGA